GUCUCGCCAUCUCCUCUCCCAUUUUCUGACCCAGUGAGCGUCCGCUCAAGGUCCCCCGUGGGAUAUAACCCGUAGCUUUGCCCGCACACGGCCCCCAUCCCGUCCAGUCGCAGGGCGAGUCGGACACCACUUCAGCCUCCUCCCGCACCCUGACAUGCAGCUCACCUUCUCACCCGCUCUCGGCGCUCCGUUCCCUUGGUCGUGCGACCAGGGAAGCACGAUGCCUCUCAAGACGCCCUCUCAAGGCGACAUUCGACUCGCUUGCCUCGUACGAGCAUGCAAAGUCGUAUGGUAUGCGGGUGGAAAUGUGGACAGACCUGCCUUGGAGGGCAGGGCUCCGGGAGAGUGGGGUGCCGUGCCAUUUACCUUCCACGAGUCUAGGGAUGAGGAGUCUGGGGCGGGGCACAAGGUGCUUUCCCUCCCCUCUCCCGCCAAGGUUUCCGCCACCAGUCUUGCUGUGUACGCCGAGCUGCCCCUGCGCCUGGGCGGAUAUCGCAGUGGCCACCGCUUUUCCUUCACGUACCGGCUGGUGUAUGCUUCCGGGGAAGUUCGCUGGCUCGGUGCGUUCGGACAGAACGGUACACUGGUCGUCAGCCACCAGUCCUUGCCGAAAGCGUUGGGGAUUGCACUGAAAGCCGGAUGGCAAACCAGGGCGACGAUGUCGCGGUCUUCGAGGCCGGACCGGCGAAAGGGCGGGAAGUCGGUAAGCUUUCGGACAGUCACUCUUGGUCAAGUUGGGUCAUCGGGAGGGAUGGCUGGCCUAUGUUCUCCUCCACUCACGAGGCAGAUUCCUGCAUUGCUCUUGUUCUCAUCUCCCGUCCUCGUGGUGAUGCCAUUACUUCGAUUCCGCCUGUUGUCCUCAGCGCGUCAUCUGGCGCAACUAUCGGCAUCGAUGUCCACGGUCGUAUCACCUAUUCCUCAGACAGUGACGAUACCCACCUGGCUCUCCGUGUCAUCGACGACACUAGAUUUGUCGUGUUGACCGACUGCGACGUCCAAGUACGCCUGUUGGGACGUGAUCUCAACCCUGCGUCUGCCAGGAUCGUAGCUUGCCAUGCACCAGGUGCUGCAAUGCCGCUUUCUGUCUUGGUGCUGCCUUCGAAGGUUGGGCUUGGUAGCCAAGAGAUUCCCCUCGACAUCAAUGCCUUGGCACCAGUUGCUCCCGACGGCGCUCCUCGGUCCUUCGUGGCGACGACCUCGGACAGGAAAGCC